UGCGACCAUUCUCCGUAUAGUAAAAGAUCAAAGUAUGUUUUUCGCAUAGUUAAAAUAAUGGAAGUGUUCUGUGAAUAAUGGAACUAGAGGAACAAACAUCCAAAAUAGCAUUUAUGUGUGUGGUCAAAUUUCUUUAAAGGUUAAGCCGGUUAAAACACCUUAAAAGAAGAAAAACAUUCUAUUUACUGUCACUUGUCACUAGGGUAUAUAUACUGGGAAAGAAGUGUGUAUUUGUAUUUACGUUUGUACAUGAUCAACCGGUUUUUUCACUCAAUUCAAUAUUAAAAAUAUAGAAAAUAACCCUAAAUACGUUAUUUUACAAAUUUUCUAGUAAUUACCUUUUGCUAAACAUCUUUAUUUAAAAUGAAUAAUAUGGUGCAUUGUCAGUUAUGGAUGGGGAGUUUGGAGCCUUAUAUGACGGAAACAUUCAUUUUAACCGCAUUUAGAAAAAUGGCAGAAAAUCCUCUAAGUGUAAAAAUAAUGAGAAACAAAUUUACCGGAGAGCCAGCAGGAUAUUGUUUUGUACAUUUUGCAAACGAUGAAGAAGCUAUACAGGCAAUGCAUAAAUUGAAUGGCAAACCAAUACCAAACACGGCCCCCACAGUUAGAUUUAGAUUGAAUAAUGCAAGUAAUACAGGAAGAUCGCUCAUAGACAGAGAAUUUUCUGUUUGGGUGGGAGAUUUAAGCCCAGAUGUGGAUGAUUACAAUCUCUAUAGGGUGUUUUCUUCCAAAUAUAAUACAAUUAAGACUGCUAAAGUAAUUUUGGAUAACAGCGGCUUUAGCAAAGGCUAUGGUUUCGUGAGAUUUGGCAGCGAGGAUGAAAUGAAAGACAGCCUAGUGUCUAUGAAUGGUUAUAUAGGUCUAGGAACAAAAGCGCUAAAAAUAUGUAACGCAGUACCGAAACCAAAAGGUGCUCUUACUCCUGGUACUGGAAAUGCUAGUGGAGGUACAAAUCAAUCUAAUGGUACAGAUUUCAGCCAGUAUUAUGACCCUUCCACAUAUUGGCAAAAUUACGCUUCAUGGCAGUCGCAAGGAUACUAUGAGCAGUCUGGCAAUGAAGUACCUCAUCAUGAUUCAAAUCCUUUUGGAGAAAAGAAGGAAGACGAUUUAGAUCUUAUAGAACAUUCCGCUCCAUUGGAUACUGAUAAAAUGAACAGGGAUAAAAUAGAUGCUGACUGCAAUCUGUGGGAUGCUUUGGAAAGUUCAAAAUGGCUUCCGUGUGAUAUGUUGGAGGUAGCAUGA